AUGACUUCAUGUUUGUUUCCAAUUCAGAUGAAGACAGAUGCUGCGGUUGAUGAUGAUUCUACCGUUUCUGCCCUAAAAUACCUCUUUGAAAGAAAUUCUUUCUUGGGACACACACUUAAAGACAAGUUCAAGGAAAUCAAUGGUUUUCGCAGGAAGAUCCCGUGCCUCCUGAUUUUUUUUUUUUUUAACACUGUCAUGGAAAAUCCUGAUGAUGGUGUCAACCUGGAGAAUAACACGACAGGAGGGGAAGAGGGAAAUUCUGGUGGAGGAACUCCUCCAGCCAAACGCAAAGGCAAAUUCUCUAAAGUUGGAAAUAUCUUCAAACCUUGGAAAUGGAGAAAGAAGAAGCCCAGCGAGAAGUUUGCUGAAACAUCUAUAGCCUUGGAAAGGAGGAUUUCUGUACGGAAGAGUCGUCAGGAGCUCAUUGCAAGAGGAGUGCUAAAGGAAAUACCUGAGAAUGAGAGCAACAAUGUGAACCACAACAAAGUAAAAAAUGGCCAUCCUGUUCCCAUGGAUGUGGACCGGGUGUCGGAGGCCGGGUCCCGAGUGAACCGUGGAGAGUUGGACCUUAAAAACAAUGCCCUGCAUGGCCCCCAGGUAGAAGACCGCAGGUCCAGAAUCCCAUCUGACGCCUCCCGUUCCAACCGGGCCCCCUUGGACGUGGACACUCACGCACGGCUGUCUUUGGACGUAGACCGCCGCGUUCGCCUUCCCUCGGACGACAAGAGGGGACAAUCUCAGGACGAUAGAUAUAGGUACAGAGACGAGAGAAGGGACAAAGAGGACCCAGACCGACGCGACGACCUUCGAGACAAGCGAGACUUGAGGGACGACCGAGGGGACCGGAGAGACCGAGACGACAGGGACCGACGGGAUCGGGACGAGCGCGAGCGAAAGGAACGAGAACGCAGAGAUGACAGAGAGAAGCCUGAGAGAGACAUAAAAGAAAGACGAGACAGAGACGAACGAGACAGGAGGGAACGGGACCGGGACGAACGGGAAAAAGGGGAGAGGGAAGAGCGAGAAAGAAGAGACCGAGAAGAGAGGGAGAGGAGGGAUAAGGAGGAUAAGGAGCGAAAAGAACGAGACGAGAUGGAAAGGAGGGAUAGAGAAGACCGAGAGAUAAAAGAACGAGACGAGAGGGAGCGAGAGAGGAAAGAACGAGAUGAAAAAGAGCGCAGAGAGAGAGAGGACAGGGACAAGAGAGAGGACAGGGACAAGAGAGAGGACAGGGACAAGAGAGAGGACAAGAGAGAGGACAGGGACAAGAGAGAGGACAAGAGAGAGGACCGGGACCGGCGACCAGAGAGAGACCGGAGAGACGAAGACCGGCAGAGGAGAGAUGAGGGCAACCGGAGGAAUGAGCGAGAGAAGAGAGAAGAGAGGGACAGGCGGGACAGGCCCGAGCCCCACUUUGAACCGGACACGAGGCCUCUGCUGCAAAAGAGCUCCUCAGAGGAAGCUCACCGGGCUCGGCCUGCGUCUGAAGCCUGCGCCCGGACCACCCUGCCUCGCUAUGUGUCACCCACGGAGUUCAGGGACCGCUCAGAGUCCGUCGGUGUCCGCUCCUCCAGAGACCCCCAACCGGACCGGCUGCCUCUGAAACAAGCCCUGAUGCCUCCCACCUCCAAAUACUCCUCCUCCGAGCCCCCCCAAGGCAGCACCCCCUUGUCCUUCUCCUCCUCCUCCUCGUCUUCGUCAUCCUCUACCGCCUCCACCCCGUCCACCCCGCCAGCCCCCGCAGUCAAACCCCCGCGGACUGUCUCGCUCAUUUUAAGCGACGAGCCACCCAGAGCCACCACGGGCCCGGACGGGGGCAUGCCUCCCCCUGUCCCGCCUCACGCCAAGCAGCCCCCGCAGCCUCCCCCCAAACCUGCCAACCGCAACAGCGUCAUCCCCGCCACCGCCUCCUCACUGCACAGAGGCCGCCUCAGGGUCAGGCCUCCGGCUCACUGGAGACGGCACCACGAGCUGGGACUGUACCUCUCCCUCCCUGCCUACCUCCACCACCACCGGCCUGCGGAUCAUCCUCAGCCCGGCGUGAUCGUCGUCGCGGCUCCUGCCAAACGCUCUCCCCCGACUCCGCCCAAAAGGACCACGCCUGUCACCAAGAGCCACUCCAUGAACCCCAGCCCUCCUCCCCCCAGUCACAUCCCAGAAUCUCCCACCUCCAACCCGGCCCUGGCCCCUGUGCCUGUGCCUCCGCGGACAGACAGUUUAGAGGACAAACCCGCGCCCGCCGCUCCAAUCCAGAGCGACACUUUGCCCUCGCCGCCGUCGCACAUCCCCCCGUCUCCCCCUCGCACGCACUCCCUCCCCCCACCGCAGCCCGCGCCCCCUGCCGUUCAGACCGACCCCCCCAGCCCGACUACGGAGCCCCCCAGCCUGCCGCCCGCCAUCCCGCUUCACAUCCUCAUCAAGAUGGCGCUCCAGCCCCAGAACAGCCCCAGCCCCAUGCCCAACCCCAACGGCUCGCAGAGGGCCCGCUCCCUGCUCUUCGAGACUCCCCCAGACAUGUCCAUGGAGGCUGGAGGCAACGCACGCUUCUCUCUGCCCGUCACCAUCGAACCUCUCAGGCUACCCGAAGAUGACGACUUUGACAUGGAGGAAGAGUUGCAGAAGCUCCAUCCCCAGAGAGUCCCUCUCCGACACGAGAUGGAGCCACGGAGUCGCAGAGGGCUGGUGGAGGACCCCCGGGUGUCUGUUAUCCCCGAGGGAGGGGACCAUGGCGACAGCGAGGAGGAGACUGACUCUGACGGACCCAUUCUCUACAGAGACGACGACGACGAUGAAGAUGACGACGAGGAGGGACCCCCAAGCGGAUUGGCGAGUCGAGUGAGGAGGAAAGACACACUGGCCAUGAAGCUGGAGCGGCAGGAGAGACAGGAGCGCGAGGAGAACCAGGAGAACCACGACUACACCAGCUGGAACAACCAGGAGCAGUGGGUGGCGGUCCGGAGCAAGAUCAGCUCUGCUCUCACACGGCGACUGAGUCAGAGGCCCUCAGCCGAGGAGCUGGAGCAGAGGAACAUCCUUCAAGCCAAGAAUGAAGCGGACCGGCGGCUGGAGCGCUGCGAGAUCAAACGGCGACUCACCAGGAAGCUGUCCCAGAGGCCCACUGUGGCCGAGCUCCAGGCCCGAAAGAUCCUCCGCUUCCAUGAGUACGUGGAGUGCACACACGCCCAGGACUACGACCGCAGAGCCGACAAGCCCUGGACCAAGCUCACGCCCGCGGAUAAGGCCGCCAUCCGCAAGGAGCUUAACGAAUUCAAGAGUUCCGAGAUGGAGGUGCACGAGGAGAGCCGCAUCUACACACGGUUUCACAGACCGUAG